AUGGAGAAGACGGAGAUGAAGGAGUUGACUCUCGGCCCAGGCCUGCGUGGACCUCGAGUCCCCCCCCCUUCCGCCGAGAACAUUGAUACCACCAUCUCCGCCUCCUCCGCCAAGGGCAACCUCUACGUCAAGUUGAACAGCGCCAGCAACCUCCGCGACAAGGACUGGUUCGGCAAGUGGCUCGACAAGUCCUACAAGUCUCGUUCCAAGGAUAUCAAGUCCAACUUCGACCCCGUCUACAAUCAGACUUUCUGCUUCUAUGUCCGUCCCAGCCAGAGUACUCUUUACAUCCGUGCGGUCGACAAGGAUACCUUUAGUAACGACAAGAUCGAUCAAGCCUCGGUCCCACUUUCUAAUGUCGUCAGGACUGGCAGUGAGGGCCCUCAGAACUAUAAUUGUCCCAGUGAUGUAUUGGAACUCGACGUUGUAUUUGACGAGGAGACCGAAAAGUACCACAACAACUUUCGGACGACGGAUUGGGGCGGAGACGCGGAUAGUAUGUGUAAUGACGUUCGAGACUUUCCUAUCCUUGGAGGCGAUGGCACCCUCACUAUUGGAGAUGUGAUCGACAAGAUGCGCAAGGGCCAAAUGACAAAAGUCAUGUUGGAGGAGAAGUUACACCCAGCUGGCGCCCAAGGCGCGAAUAUGGCGAUUCAGGAUGCAGUGGCGCUCGCAAACUGGAUCAAUGUGAUCGCAACUCCACAAGUCAAGGAUGUCGAAAAGGCGUUCCGGGCGUACAAGGAGGAACGACAUACAGCCGCACAAGUAGCUAAUACUCUGUCCAAAAGUAUGUGCAGGUUCUACGGCAAGGACCAUGGAACGGUCAAGCCUGCCGAGUUGAACAGCUACCGCGAGACAUUGAAGAUCCGGGCCAGGGUGGCAGAGAGAGCGGCAGGGAUGGAAUCAGAGGCAGGAGCAUCUGCUGAGGUCAAUGCCACGGUGGUAUGA